AUGGCGGAGGAACCGUCCGCCAAGCGUCAUCAUGCUGAGACAACGGACAAGAGCAACAACCUCAUCAACAUUCACACGUCGAACAAGAGCAGCAACCUCGUCGACAUUCACGUCCCCGGCGAGAAGCGCGAGUACACCAAAACGCUCAAAGGGGUUGAGCUCCACGGCAAGGAGACGCUGGAGAUCGUCUGCACCAGCAUACCAGACAAGGCCGACGAGGUGAUGAGCAGGCUCAGGAUGAAGGGCGGCGGCUUGUAUCCGAGCUUCAUCGGAGUUGAUAUGGAGUACACCAACCAAGAAGAACCUCCACAGAUGGCGGCAGUCCUGCAGUUGUGCGUCAAGGAACUCCGCUUGGUAUACCACAUCGCAGCAGCCACAAAAUGGCCCAAGCGCCUCAAAGACUUCCUACAGGAGGAGAAAUUGUACACAUUUGUCGGUUUCAGCAUUGGAGGUGACAAGCAGAUGCUGGAGAAGUCUGGUUUGGAAAUCAACCCCAACAACUUCAUCGACAUGCAGCGCAACUAG